AUGCGAUCACGAGUUAAAGUGACCACCAUGUUGCUUGUACUGAUAUUUUGGCUCACUGGUCUCUGCUCUGCUAAGGACAACAAACCACCAGACACCAAGGUAACUGCAUUCAUAUCACUGGACGAAAAAAUGGAUUUACUAGGGUAGCCAAAUUACAGCAAAUGUGUAGCAAAUACCACAUUUGCACAAUUUUGCGCAAGAGCAAAGACUGAUAUUGCACUAGAUUUGCUAUCCGUAGCAAUGACGGUAAAUGCCACAUUUGCACAACAUUUACAUCUUGGUGCAAAGAUAAUGGGCAGCCAUGGAUUUGAGGGUCAUUUGCAGAUGGUUCAAAUGUGUAGGCAAAUAUGUUUCUUUGAUCUAUAUUUGCACAUUACGCAAAUGAUAGCGCAAAUCUGCUGUUUUGCACAGCUUUUGCUUUAGAUGUAAAAGCAUGUAAACCUGUUAUUUUCAGAACGUUUACGCAGCUUUGCAAAUGUGAGCGAAGUAUCUAAUUUGAACAAUGUUUGCUUGGGUUAUCAUGGGUGAUCAAAUUUCCAUAAUUGAACCAGAUUGCUUUGCAUGGCAAAUGUAACCAAACUCUUUGUAUUAAACAUGUUUGCUCACGAAGCAAAUGUUAGCAAACCUAAACUUUGAACAAAUUUUCUAGGGUGUGCAAAUUUGAUCAAACACAAAAUUUUGCUUGUAGCGGCAAAUGUGGUCAAAAGUCAGCAAAUCUGAUCAAACUGUUAGUAUUGUACAAUUUUUCGCUCAGGUAGCAAAUGUAAUCAAAUUCUGACUUUAAUUUGGUUAGCAAAUGUCAUCAAACCCAUAAAAUUGAGCAUGUUUUCUCCAGUAGCAAAUUAAUGUAAAUUCCAAGGUUUAAACGAGUUUGCUUGGGUUGUAGCAAAUGCGAUAAAAUUUUAAAAAUAAUUUAAAUUAUAAUAUGGCUCACUUCAGUUUCUUAACAAGUGGCCAUAAUUAAUCAAACAUUAAAGUUACUGAAAGAAAUUCUAGCAGUGACCUCCCAUUAAUGUUCAAAUGAUUUAUUCCAUAAACCAAAGUGGCUUACACAUUAUUACAGACAUUACAAACUACAGUAUAAAGCUGUACAUACAGCUCUUCAUAUUAAUUCCCAAUUUUACUGUUCGUUGAUGUUUACUUGCCUCCACUCUAUGCUCUAUCAGAUCAUUACUGACUAUUAAUAUUAUAAGAAAAGUGUUCUUCAUCUAAAUGUGUAAGAUAUUCUACAUACAGCUGUAGGUGUUUCAGAGUUGCCUCAAACCUAUUUCAGUUCUUUAGGUUUUUGCAACUCAGAAACAGGUUAAAAAUCCUUUCACCCUUGGACCAAUAUUUACUUAUGACAAGACUAUUUCUUACUUAAACUUUUGUAUCUAAGGACCAAAUCCUGUUUCAACGAAAUGGAACCCUCAAGACACCCAUUCUAAUAAAUAAUUAGUAUUUUUGUAUUUAUUGCUAUUUACAGAUUAAACAAAAUUUGAUUCUGGUGGCAUUUUUUCCUUUAGGCUCUAUUAGCAUGAAAGGCCUAAUUCUUGCUACCAAUUUACAAUUUUUGCUGGUAUAACAACUGUGUUAUAGCAUUUAGCAAACUAAGAAAUAGUUUAGGUACAUAUAGCUAUUCAAAUUCAGAUCAGACUUCUUUAACUUCAUUUUCGUUGCUAAUGGUUCCUGUAUGGCCGCGUAUUGGAUAUGCUCUUAGAGGAAGCACCAGCCGGAGCUUCUAGUACUUGCCCCGUUCUAAGAAAAUUGAGGGUCAUGAAAGUAAUGACCAGCUAUAAGUAUUCCACAGCAUGUCAACAUUACCAUUGUCACUGUAGUUGGUCCCAAUGAAAGAAGCUAAUAAUUAUUUUAAACUCAGUAUACAUGUACAUGUAGUACAAAAGGUUGAUCUGGCUAGCCUGCAAAAUAACUACACUGCUGUCUCUCAUUACUCUUUUUCUUGAGUCAUGUUGCAAUCCUUUGCAAAAUUCCGUAAUAAAUCAUGACAAAAAGCAGGGUGUACCUAAAUUUGUUUUGUUUUUUUGUUCAAGCAGGUCAGUUGCAAUUGCUGUAAUCGGUACAAAUGUACUGUGAAGUGGUGCCAGCAGAACUCAAAUGCCUGCAGUUAAGCAAACAGAUUUAAAAGAAACAUGUGUAUGUAUAUUAAUUGGCCUUUUUAACCUGCUGACUGGUACAUUACUUGCAAACAAUAGCCAAAGGAUUCUAAUGAAAAAUUUAUCACAUCAACCAAUUUGAUCUACCUGCCACCAGAUUCUCAGGACAAAUCAACACCAUCAGGAUUUGUACUGUUUACACAGAUUUAUCUUUUUCUAAAAAACAGUGUCAUAAACAGAGAGUGAUUAAAGGAUUACUGUAUUUGCAGAGCUACAUGUACAUGUACCUGUAAGUAUGACCAGUCAUAAAUAAUCUGGAAUUUCUUUAAGAGCCUUGGAUUAACUUAUAUUUCCUUAUCACAAAGCAAAUUCAGGAGCAUUAUCUGGUGCCUCCUGCUCUGAGGAGAAGCCAUUCGUCCUUUCUAUCAUCAUUGAGUAAUGACAAGCUUACAUGUGACUGUUUUAAUUUUGCUUUACUGUUCAGCUUGGCAAAGAGGUUUUUACAGGCUAAGUUGUUGACUCCUCCAUGCUAGAGGCCUCCUGCAAAGCACUUUUCUCGGAUUUGUCAUCUCCUUGGUCUGUAUUGCCUUGCUCUGAAGACAUGUACUCCACAAUUAUACAAGCUUUGAACUUACAACAAUCCUUCUUCGAAAUAGAGGUUGACUGGAAAAGGGUUGUCUCUUCAGCUUUUUCUGCAACAAACAGAAAUUAUACAUAAUUGAGACCAUUAAUAUUGAAACUAAAGCUGUAGAUGCUUGUCAUGAAAAAUACUAUUGUCCUUUUCUGUCUAAAUAUUCUAGCCUUUUAUAGCAAAAAAGGUUGCUAUUAGAUAUUACAUGUAUUAUUACUGGCUCAGUCACACUAGGUGACUAAACUUACUUAUUUCCUGAGUUAACUGAUAUCAAAAUUAACUAGUUUAAACAAAUUGCUGGCUCGUAACUUUAAUGUCUCAAAUCUAACCCCAAGCGGUCAUCAUAAUCCUGAUUACACUGUACCUGUUAAAACUAAGACCUUCUUUGAGCAAAAACAAAACGAAAAAAUGAAUGCGAGAAACCCUUUUGUAACAAGACAAUUGACUCCAGGUAAAUCAUUGUAUUAAUUUUAUAGUGAGUGUCCCACUACAUCACUACCAUAACAACAUUAUUGACAUAUUACUUAAAACUUCAUGAACCUGCUUCUUCUGCAAUAUUGCCAUCACUUACAGUGUAUCUUGGGAACAAAAGUUUAAUUACCGUAUUUAUUCAAUUAACCGCCCUGGGCGCUUAUUAAAUUUUUGGGCCUUGAUAGUGGGCGCUUAUUCGAGGUGGGCGCUUAUUCGAGGCUGGGCGCUUAUUAAAUUUUCGCCAUUCUCAGCAAGUGUAGUAUGUUUAUUUUGCUACAAAAUAAUAAAUGGUAAUAACAAAAAGCGAAGAAGUAACAAAGCAAGGUUUCAGCCCAAUCUGUAAAAUACUCUGAAGAAAACUCCGUCUUCGGGAGGGUCUCUUAUUAUGUCUUAUUUGAGUUUGUGUGGGAGGGAGUGGGGUGGGGUGGGCGCUUAUUCGAGGCUGGGCGCUUAUUAACUUUUUCUGCCUUUGGGAUGGGCGCUUAUUCGAGGUGGGCGCUAAUUCGAGGUUGGGCGCUUAUUCGAAUAAAUACAGUAUACUAUAAUUGCCUCAUAUGAGAGAAUCCAAGACAGUUUUAGAUUCUGGAUUCCACGCUGCGGAUUCGGAACUUUUUCAGUGGAUUACUUGGUUUCUGGAUUCCAAUCGUUUGACUUGUAUUUCAGGUUUCAAAGCUCAGAAUUUAGGAUUCCGCAACAAAAAUUGCCCGAAUUCUGUAUUCCAUAAGCAAAAAUUUCCCGGAUUCCAGAAUCCCUUACAUGGGGUGAUCAUAAAAACAAUCAGUGAAAGCAGGGUACCAUGAUCUAAAUUCUAGCUACACUAUGUUUUUUUAGCACCAUGGCAGUCACUGCCUUUACUCCCCCUUUUAAAUUUUGGAAAAGCCUUUGGAGAAAGUAGGCACUAGAGGAUAAGGUUAAUUUUGGCCUAAUAGAGGGGAAUUAACGCUUGCUUCAAUUCUUAUUAAAUUUUCCAAGACCAUUUAUCUGAAGAGAACAACCAAACAAAAGAUUACAGUAUUUUUUACAACAACAGGACAAAUAAAGUUUCAGGAGUAGGGGUGGUCCUUGUUGAUUACUGAAUAUUGGAAUGCAAAUGUAGGUAUUAUCAAAUAGCAUCAUUAGCGGCUUAACAGUAACAACGAACUUUCUUAUACUUACUGAGCAUUUCUUUUACUCCCGAUUAGUUGCUCCCUCAGCAUUUGUUUGUCCUCAACAUUUCUCCUGCCUCUUCUUAGUUUUACAAUGUCUGCUAAUUAAAACAGCAUCGAUUCACCGAAAUCUAUUUACUAAGUACUAACGGCUGCUUUUCUUGGAUCCACUCGUUACUACUUGAUCGUCGCCGAUGGAGAUAUCUAGAUGUCUUUCAUGGUGGAUUUUCGUCGAAGGAUCUAUAAGUAUGCAGUUCCCUCGAGUUCGAGCGAUUAUUUUUAUAAGUUCUUCGAGGACACAUUCGUUCGAUAAAUUCGAACAAAUAAGACUGGCCGAUUCCUCCAUACUCGACAGUCAACCCCACAAAGACGGAAAAUUCGAAACCUCUUGAUAAAUAUGGCGUUAAACGUACGAAGUAAAAGCUGAUGGCAAAUCGAUGGCAGUGGAACGCGUUAACGGUCGACGAAUUUCAAUUGUUGUGCCUCGUUCUCGAACGGUUAUGCAGACUGUCGCUGACCAGCACCACUGAGGCGCAAAUCCUUGGGAAAUCGGGCGCGCGGUCUUUUGGCGAUUUGGCGGGAGGAAGAGAUUGCCUAUGUUGCUGGAUUUCUUCUCAAGGAUGUUCGAAAUUUAAAAGGUAAAGUCGAUGUAUUUUGCUUUGUAUAUCGUGCUUCUACUGCCACAUAUAUGUUAUAACCGGGAAUAAACUACAUUUGCAUCCAUAUUUACAUUUGUAGCAUGUAUGAGCACGCGUGUCGCGUGCGUAUAUGUGGUAGUGAUCCAGCUGAAAAAAGCCUUGUUGAAAAAUUUAAGUGGUGUUAAGUCAGCAAAAUAUGUAGUUAUGCAAUGUUAAAAUGCUAAUUUAUUGGUAUUUGGCAGAAGUAGCUCAAGAUUAAUUGCUUGAGUAAUUUAUACUACCUCUGGCGCUAUAUUGACAUAUUGAGCGUAAUACCUGUACAUGUACCAUUGAUUUUGACAGGGGUAGGGUGGAGCCUUUAUUUUAUAUACGUUCAGCGUGCAAAGAAAGUAGUGUCCGAUAGCCCGGGGCUAGCGGAUUUUGCUAUCGGGCUAGUAAAUUCUGUUCUUCACUUGCCCGACGGGCAAGUACAAUGCAGUUUGAGGAAUUCACCUUACAGAAGAACUGUUAAAUCAAAAAUUUUGUGGGUAGUUGAAAUGACGUUUGGGCUAGUAAAUGUUAGCUUCAGCUUGCCCGAAUGGCAAGCUGUAAAAAUGACUUUCUUUGCACCCUGUACGUUACUGUCAUUUUUUUCUGUUUUGUUUUGUCAUGUUUUCAUAUACAAGGUUGUUUUGUUUAUAAUAGUUUAUAAUGAUACAGCUGUACAUGUAAGCUGAGUCAAAAGGUCAAAAAUGCUAAAAUGUGCCACAUGUGUAUUUAUAAUGUUCAUAAAGAUAAUGGCAACACAAGUAACACAAUUCAUUUAAUUUCACAAUAUUAUCAAUAAAGGUAGAAUUAACAGUUAUUUUUAGUGGGUUUAGUGACUUUUUUGUGUAUUUGUUUCAGAUUUUUCCUUGAGUGGUACUGGAGUUAUUUCCAAUGUUCUUGAAAUUGAGUUGCAUCACCUGAACUCUCCAAAAGAUAAAGAGGUCAAUGAAAUACAGGUUCAACAUGGGGAAGCUGUUUGUGGUCUGUGCAUGAAGAAAUGCUACAGGGGUAUUCCAGUGGGUCUCAAUUUAUUUACAGUAAUCAUUUUUUCCUCUUCACAAGAUGACAGAAUUGAAGCUUAUAUACUGAAUGCUCGCAUCCAUCAAUACCCCAUUUGUUUGGGGUAAAUGUCACAAAACAGAAACCUCACAUGUACUUCCUUGGGUUAUAUUUUUACCAUCUUUACAAUAUUAUUUUUCUUGUUCUUUGUGCUUUGCCCUGCUAAGGAAAUUCAUGUCCCUUUCACAGUGUUCUGCGGGAACAUAAUGUACUGAAAUUGUGUGAAGCUAUAGAACAUUUGCACUCAUACAGGUUUCCCCACAGAGAUAUAAAGAGUGACAACAUUAUUCUUACAAAGGUAAACAAUAUGUACUACCCAAUGCUCAUUGAUUUUGGAAAGGCUAUCUUGCUAUCGGAUGCCCCUUCAAAACAGCAGUCCAUGACUGCUCACUAGCACUGACAUAUAGCUUAAGAAAUAUGCCUCAGAUAUUAUGUUUUAAAAAGACAUUGUUCAUAUUGAACUCAAAAUCAGGGUUGUAAAGAGCAGCAAAGAAAUUAUUCAUUCAUGUCUGUGCUGAGUUUCUAUUCACAAAUGAUAUGAAAUACAAAGCAAUUUCACCAUUUGUUGUAGUAUUGGCUGUUGGGCUUUCAAAAUGUGGCCAUUUUUAGGAGGCUUACCAUCAAGAUGUGGUCAUCUCUAGGUAUAGUCAGUGAAAACUAGAACAAAUAGCAGUAAGAACAAAAUUGUCAGUUUUGAUGUGAAUUUUCUUGAAUAAAUGGCCAUGAGGAAAUUGUGUACAAGUGAAUAAUCUCAACCCUGACUUUGAAAUGCACAGAACCUUUUUUUUUUUUUUUUUUUACCAAAUUUAAGGUACUGUGGGUGGCCUUGUUAUUGUUAGCUUUUUAAUAAUAAUAUUAUGAUGUAGAAAAAAUACAGUAAAUGAUCUGACUACUGGACCUUUGUCCAGUAGAUUUGUUGUAGUGUAUUUACUUAAUGUAAAGGGGAGGUAGUGUGGGCCCUCUGUAACUGUAUACAACAGUUACUGUGUCAUUUUGAAUUUUUAGUUUUAGUAAUUGGAGAUCCCUGCCCAUUGUGCGACCCUAGGCUUUACUAUUAUCAAAUGACAGAAGGGGAAUGUAACACAUGCCCAGGUUAUGUACCAUUGACUCACUUCGAAGUGGUUAUGUGAUUUAGAAUUGGACCCAAAAAAAGACCGGGGCCCAGUUGUUCCAAAGACCGAUUAGCACUAACCCAGUGCUAGAUUUUAACCUGCGUUUCUUUUUCCUUUUAAUCAAAAGCAUUUUGUCAGAUAAUUUUCCCUUUUUUUUAAGUAUCAAAUCACCAAAUUGUAGACAAAAGGAAUUCAAAUGAAUUUGUUUUUAAAACUGUCAUAUCUGAAUUCAUAUUUCGUACUAACCUUGGGUUAUCUUAACCAGCUUUAAACAACCCAGCCUGGAAGGAUAAUAAAUGCUGCAUGUUAAUUUGUUUCACCGCCUUAGUUUUUUCUUUAUAGCUUACAACUUUUCAUGAUCCAAGGCCAACUCAGAGCUCCUGUAACCCAGUAGGGGUCUGUUCAUUUUUUAAGGGGGGGGGACCCUCUCUUCAUCCUUGUAUCCCAAGAUCAAAUAACCAGGAUUCAGGUGAAUUUUAGCCAGCAAAAAUGCUAUGACUUUUUUUGGAUUGAAUAGGUAGUACUUAAUGAACAGUGAGACUCAAACUCAGGGUAGGAUUUGACCAUUCGACCGGUAGCUCCUGUAGAUCCUCCUUGUAUCCCAAGCAAAUAACCAGGCUUCAGGUGAAUUCUAGCCAGCAAAAAUGCUAUGACUUUUUGGAUUGAAUAGGUAGUGCUUAAUGAACAGUAAAACUCAAAAUCAACAUUAAAAUCAGUGGAACUCAAACUCAGGGUUGCAAACAACAAAGUUAGAAAAAUUAGCCUUUCAUAAAUUUGUCAGCUGAGUUAAUGUUCAAAUAAAAUUGUGAGCAGUUUCACCAUAUUUUGUUGUAGUAUUGGCUGUUGGGUUUUCAAAAUGUGGUCAUUUUUAGGAAGCCGGCCAUCGAGAUGUGGUCAUCUCUAGGUGGGCAGUCAAAACUACAACAAAUACCGGUUAAACUAAAAUUGUUGGUUUUAAAUUGAAUUAAGUUUGUUGGUUAAAUGGCCAUGAGGAAAUUAUGUACAAGUGAAUAAUCACAACACUGAGUUUGAAAUCCACAAAACUUUUUAUUUCGGACCAAAUUUGAUUUUUUAGUAUGAUGUACAAAAAAUACAGUAAAUGAUCUGACUACUGGACCCAACCUUGUGUUAUCUUAACCCAUCUUUGAGCAACCCAGUCCAGAAGUUUAAAGGCUGCAUGUUAAUUUGUUUCACCACCUUAGUUUUUUCUUUAUAGCUCUAGACUUUUCAUGAUCUAAGGCUAACUCAGAGCUCCUGUGAUCCUGUAACCCAAUAAAUGUCUGUUCAUUGUUUAUGGGGCGGGGGGGGGGGGGGGGGCUUUGUCGGGUAGGAUUUGACAAUUCGACCGGUAGCUCCUGUAGAUCCUCCUUGUAUCCCAAGUUCAAAUAACCAGGCUUCAGGUGAAUUUUAGCUAGCCGAAAUGCUAUGACUUUUUUGGAUUGAAUAGGUAGUACUUAAUGAACAGUAAAACUCAAAAUCAACAUUAAAAUCAGUGAAACUUAAACUCAGGGUUGCAAACAAUAGAGUAAGAAAAAUUAGCCUUUCAUAAAUUUGUCAGCUGAGUUAAUGUUCAAAUAAAAUUGUGAGCAGUUUCACCAUAUUUUGUUGUAGUAUUGGCUGUUGAGUUUUCAAAAUGUGGUCAUUUUUAGGAAGCCCACCAUCGAGAUGUAGUCAUCUCUAGGUGGUCAGUCAAAACUACAACAAAUAAGUCCCGUAUGAUAUAUGCCCCUAAUAUUCUAGAAUCAGUAUAAAUAUUGUCGGAAAUAUAGAAAGAACCCUGCAGUAUAUGUAUUAGCUAUUCAGGGUCUUUAUGAUGACUACGUUGAAACAAAACACUGCCAUGAUCAAACCUUAAAUGACAGAGGCAAGUGCCUCGGUUUGCCUCAUACUGGCUAUGGCCCUGACUGUAGGAAAUACAGUGCAUCAAUGAUCUGACUACUGGACCUUAAUAACGAGUGGAUUUGAAUUAGUGUAUUUGCUUUAAAUUAGUAGCCAGGGAAAGGUUUAUGCCAGGGGCGCUGUCAGAAAGGGGCACCUUUUUCAUGCUUCAGGUAUGAAAGGAUAGGGAUUUCCUGAGUUAAAGUAUAUGACAGGGUAGACUAUCUGUCAUUUCGUUUUGUAAAAAGACUAACAGAAGAAAUUUGUGAAUGUAAAAUUGUCAAAAAAAAUUAACUGGUUUCUGAUUCCUUUAUAUUAAAAUGACAGUGCACAUAAAACAGUUAACAGGAAAGAUGCAUGUAAGGGGUUGGACCUCUGGGCGGAGUCUCACAGCGUGUACAAAAUUUUAUUGUAACAAUGUAAUGUUACAGUUGAGAUUGGAAAUUUACUUUAGUCACAAAACGGAUCAAACAUAUAGGAAAUGUCACAUGCACAUCACCUUUGACUGUCAGCAAAUGUUAUGCAGCUCACUAUAUUUGCUCCCCUCGCAAAUAUGGAUAAUUAUGAUGCAAAUGUGCAAAUUUAUGAUACAGCCAAAUGUCUAGAAAUUUAUUGUUUUUGCUCUUAAGGCAAAUACGAGUAAACCACAUGCAAAAGUGUUCUUUUGGUAUCCUGGAAAAACAAGAGCAAAUACCACUGCAAAUUAGGGGUUUUGCAAUAUUUUUGCCUGCAUUUGAAGUAAAGUGAAAACUGUCAUUUUUGCCAAGGAUGCAAAUUUGAGUAAACUGGUAGAAAUGUUGAAGAUUUGCCCAUGCUGCAAAUAAGUAUCAAAUUUGUAUCAAACCAUUACAUUUACUUCACUUUUGCGUAUCAAUACGUAUCUAGCAAAUAUAUGUAUUUGCCCACACUUUAGCCGACAGCGCAAAUGUAAUGCAAAUUUGGAGCUCCAAAUUUACCACAUAUUUGCACCUUUCGCAAACAUUAGUAAAUCCGUUUUUUCGUCCAGUGUAUCUAUAUCAGAUAUUGCCAUUACAUAUUUUUUUAUUACAGUUAAAUAAUGUUAGUUUAUAGAGACAACUAGGAAUGACCCAUUAUAUGUUAAUUUAACUAAAUCAGUCUGCAAGUUGAUUAAGAAGACUACCAAAUUCAGAUGGUAUGAUUACUUGUACAACUUGAGAGAGAACAUUUUCGCGUUUUAAACAAUCAAAAUUAACAUUUUUACAAAUUAUAAAACAGCUUCUUUACUGGAAAAUAAAUUUCUUCUUACAAAAUCACAAUUGACGAUUUCGUUAAAAAAAAAAAAACAAUUAAAACUUGGAAAAUUAAGGAACUACCUCCUCGCCUGAAGUAAAAGGCUAGAUGACAGGUAAAUUGUGAAGAGCUAUAGCAGUUUGUCGCUGACUUUUUUUCUUUUUGGCAGCCUGUUCAAUCUUGUCCAUCCUGUAAUAAUGGCGGACAAGCCGGGAUGUGGACAUACAUGACAUGCAUCCCAGGAGCCCCUGGGGCACCUGGUCGAGAUGGAGCCAAAGGAGACCUGGGCAGCCAGGGGAAAACUGGGACCCAGGGACCACGUGGUGCUGAUGGAAAGAAAGGAGCAAAAGGAGAGUCUGGGAUCCAGGGUUCCGCCGGACAAAAAGGAGAGCGAGGGGACAAAGGCGACAGUGGAACGCCACGACUGGCUUCACACAUGAACUGGAAAGAGUGUGCUUGGAAAAAGGGAUACCACACAGAUUCAGGACUGAUAUAUGUAAGUACGGAACGUCACUUUGUUACCCGAGUUAAAUAAUAUUCUAUUAACUCAAAGUAAUUAAUUUUUACUGAAAUGAUUGAUUGCUAUAAUUCUGAAGUCAGCGCGCGGUCAGCGAUGAUGAUGGCUGCUUCUUUUGAAGCUACGGAGUUUUCUGUUAAAGCCGGGCCAUAAUCGGUUUUAUUACACUGUGUCCUUCUCCAUUCUUAAUUUUCUUGCUUAUCUUAUGUACAUGAUUUUUUUUUGUCGAAACACCUUGUGUUAAUUAAUAUUGUACAACUGAUGUAUUAUUUUUUUAUAGACUGGAGUAAAUAAAAAUAAACCACAAUACGGAUGCUGUUUCUUUAUAUCUCGUUUAGAACUGUGACUUUGUGAAGAAAUACGUGGACACUGCCCUCCAUGUCUACUAUGCUGGUAACCUCAGGAUUCACGGAUGUGACGACUGCUGUAGUCGCUGGUAUUUCACCUUUAAUGGAGCCGAGUGCAGCUCUCCUGGAACUAUUGACGGUGCAUUCUACAUGGCAACAGGCAGCAGAAAGCACAAUCUUCACCGUCACCGCCACAUUGAAGGGCACUGCAACAACAUUCAGAAAGGAAAGGUGCGAGUGGGAUUCUCGGUUGGAAAAUGCGUCACAGGACAAAAGCUUGCUGACGCAUACACUGGUUGGCAUUCAAUGAAUCGCAUCUUCAUCGAAGAAGUACCGAAAGCUCAGCAGUAG